AUGGAUGACGAAGUCGCAGCGCUUGUAAUUGAUAAUGGUUCUGGUAUGUGCAAAGCCGGUUUUGCUGGUGAUGAUGCUCCAAGAGCUGUUUUCCCAUCUAUCGUGGGUCGUCCACGUCAUCAAGGUGUUAUGGUUGGUAUGGGCCAAAAAGAUUCAUAUGUAGGUGAUGAGGCUCAAUCAAAACGUGGUAUUCUUACCCUUAAAUAUCCUAUCGAACACGGUAUCGUAACCAACUGGGAUGACAUGGAAAAAAUCUGGCAUCAUACUUUUUAUAAUGAGCUUCGUGUUGCUCCAGAAGAACACCCUGUAUUAUUAACUGAAGCACCUCUCAAUCCUAAAAAUAAUCGUGAGAAAAUGACUCAAAUCAUGUUCGAAACUUUCAAUGCUCCAGCUUUCUAUGCUGUUCUUUCAUUGUAUGCCUCUGGUCGUACAACCGGUAUUGUGCUUGAUUCUGGCGAUGGUGUUACUCACACUGUACCAAUUUACGAGGGGUAUGCUCUUCCUCAUGCGAUCCUUCGUCUUGAUUUGGCUGGUCGUGAUUUGACCAACUACCUCAUGAUCAUCCUUAUGGAACGUGGUUACUCUUUCUCUACUACUGCCGAACGUGAAAUUGUUCGUGAUAUUAAAGAAAAACUUUGUUAUGUUGCUUUGGACUUUGAACAAGAAAUGCUAACUGCUGCUCAAUCGUCAGCGUUAGAGAAAUCUUAUGAAUUACCUGAUGGUCAAGUUAUUACCAUUGGUAAUGAAAGAUUCCGUGCACCUGAAGCUCUUUUCCAACCAUCUUUCUUAGGUCAUGAAGCUGCUGGUAUUCAUGAAACUACAUACAACUCUAUAAUGAAAUGUGACGUUGAUAUUCGUAAAGAUCUUUACGGUAACAUUGUUCUUUCUGGAGGCACUACUAUGUAUGCAGGUAUUGCAGACAGAAUGCAAAAAGAAAUCACAAAAUUAGCACCUUCCACUAUGAAAAUUAAGAUUGUUGCUCCACCAGAACUGCGGUGA